ACUAAGGAAAAAUGGGAUCGGACUUUAUUAACACCCUUUAGUCAUGCAGCAAUUAAUCUAAUACUCUCAAGUUCCAAAGCCGCUGAAACUCGCCCGGUGAAAAAACCCGUUAAAUUAUCGGAUGAAUAUGUCGAUCCGUUGAAUCAAUCCUGUCUAAAUGAAACUGCAACUAAUUUGGGACACAUAUCUACAAAAGAGAUCGUCGAUCUCUUAAUUACCGACGAGUAUUACGUCACUAAUUGGAAACAAUUCUACUACGAUUUACGAGCACCCCAUCCAGAUUUUGUCCAACUGGAAAUGCUCUACAAUUCCGGGGCCAGACCGUUUCAUGACAUAAUAAUGAAAAUCUUGAAUAACUGGGUAGCAAUUCAGAGGAAUCCACCAAGUGUACGAAAGUUGUAUGGAGUCUUACUUUCUGGCGAUUUCGUUAGCGUCGCAGAAACGUUAAUCAAAGCCUUUCCACUAACUGCAACCAUAAUUCCGGAACAAUCCACCCACACUGUAAGGUCAAUUAGGUCACAAGUCCUCAACUUUGAGGUUCCACCUUCCCCCUUCAUAGGCCCCUUAACAAACCGCACCAAAGAAAUGGUCCAACUCAUAGACCACUUCAAGUUCAACCGACGCGCCGUAGUCGUCACGGGACCGACCAGCGUAGGCAAAACCAGUUUAGUUGCGCACUUCGCGGCCACAGAGUUUGACGGGUCCUGCAUUUGGAUCGACGCUAAAAAUAGCGCCACAUUUACAAAUUCGUUUUCCCGCCUAGCCGCGAAACUUGAGAUAUCACCGGACUUAUCCGCGGCAAAAAUCUUAGAAAAAGUUUACACAUUAGUGAGUAACCGCCCAAUAAUGUUCGUCUUUGACAGCAUCUCGUCCCCCCAACUAGAAACCGAGAUAACUCAACUAAUCCAAAUUUUCAAUGAGUAUCCGCAGCCUUACCCAUUUUUCGUACUACUGACCCGAAGCUCAAAAAUGUUUUCGACUAUAAGUGACCGUGUCGUAUUGAAUGCGUUAGAGUACGUUAAAUGCUUCACUAUCAUUUAUGCUCUCGUGGAGACGAUAUGCGGCCUGGGUUAUCUUGUCGUUGGAAGUUACGGAAUGCAAAUGUAUAACGAUGGAUCCUUUCGUACCAGAAUUUUAACGAGUUCGAUAGUCGCCGGGGUAACCAUGCUAAUUCAUCAAGUGCUGCUCAUUGUGUGGAGAAAAGUUGAGAGAAAGAAUGACGACAAAAAUGUCCGACAUGGUAAAAUCUUCAGGAUUUUCUCAAUCUUAAUGAUCAUCAUAAUCUUUGCCGCCUUGAUCGUAAUCCUUUUAGACGCUUGGACAUACGUAUUUGCGGACGACGAGGAUGAGGCAUAUGUAAUCCUUACUGUGCUUAUGCACAUAAGUAAUAUUACUGUAGUUGAGUAUUUCAUCUACCUUUUAUUUACAUCUUGUAUCAUGUUAGGGCCUUGUUUCAAGGUGUGUUUCUAACCGAACAAAUGCAUAAAGUGUUUUAUUUAUAUUCAUUAGGGGAAACAUUCAUUUAUGAUUAAUUGAAGGAAUUAAAAUUAUGAAUUACCCCGAGAAAAUAAGUAAGAAUAAAAAAUAUUUCGGGGAAUUGUACAAUUUUGCAUUAAUUAUACGCUGCAUUCGCACACAGUUGAAUUUGUACAGAAAUUGAGAAAUCUGAGAAACUACAGCACUGUCAGUCUCAAUUUCCCUAAACUUUUGAUUACGGGGAACCUUGAGGCUGGCAGUGUCGUAGUCUCCAGAGGUGAGUUGGAUUAUCAUUUUCCAAAAUCCAAUCCAUCUAAAUCCAACUCAUUUUAUCCUAAAAAAUCCAAUCCAUCCAAAUCCAACUCAUUUUAUCUUAAAAAAUCCAAUCUAUCCAAAUCCAGCUGGAUAGGAUAGGACGAUGGAUUAUCCAAAUAAAUGGAUAUCCAAAUCCAAGUCACCUAUAGAUCACACCUCGCAGUGCCCCCAACCGACUUAGACGGGUUAAACUAUCUUCUCCAGGAAUAAAACGGUUCGAAAUUCGAAAUUCUUACCUUUAUUUACAUCACGCAUUAUGUCGAAUUAAACCAAAGUUGUUAUUAUUAUCCAAAAAACAAUAAAUCCAAAUCCAACUCAUUUAUCCUAAAAA